CGCAGCCAGCCAGGCUCGAGGCGCGCGCGCGUGCGGGGCACGACGUCGCGGCGGCCACCAUGGUGGCCACGUGCCUGCAGGUGGUGGGCUUUGUCACGAGCUUCGUGGGCUGGAUCGGCGUCAUCGUCACCACGGCCACCAACGACUGGGUGGUGACCUGCGGCUACACCAUCCCCACCUGCCGUAAGCUGGACGAGCUGGGCUCCAAGGGGCUGUGGGCCGACUGCGUGAUGGCCACGGGCCUGUACCACUGCAAGCCCCUGGUGGACAUCCUCAUCCUGCCGGGUUACGUGCAAGCCUGCCGCGCGCUCAUGAUUGCUGCCUCGGUUCUGGGUCUGCCGGCCAUUUUGCUCCUGCUGACGGUGCUCCCCUGCAUCCGAAUGGGCCACGAGCCUGGCGUGGCCAAGUACAGGCGGGCCCAGCUGGCAGGCGUUCUGCUCAUUCUGCUGGCUCUCUGUGCCAUCGUGGCCACCAUCUGGUUCCCCGUGUGCGCCCACCGCGAGACCACCAUCGUGAGCUUCGGCUACUCCCUGUACGCGGGCUGGAUCGGCGCGGUGCUGUGUCUGGUCGGGGGCUGCGUGAUCGUCUGCUGCUCCGGAGAUGCCCAGUCUUUCGGUGAAAACCGUUUCUACUACGCUUCGGGCUCCAGCUCUCCCACUCACGCCAAGAGCGCCCACGUGUAAGCGCGCUGCGGCUCCACCCAGGUGCUGUCGAUUGGGGGCCCCCCCGGGCCUUGGGUUUGCUUGCUGCAGUGUGUAUGUGUGGGGGGGGAGGGUAAGGCGGGGAGGGCUCCCCUUGGGCCAGGCACCAAAGCCACAGAUCCAGAGGGCACCCCGCCUGGCAUGCUCUGUAGUCUUCGCACCUCUCCGCCCCACCGCCCCUUGGGUUGCCUUAAAAGAAAUUUCUAGUUUAGGUCACGUCCAUAGUAUAGUUUUCUCAUAUUCUUGCUCCUCUUCCUUUUUUUUUUCUCUCCCUCUCCCUUCUUGGACAUUCCUUUGUUGUUGAUUAAAAAACACACGAUUAUUUCGUUUCUCUCUAAAUACCUUGCAAACAUUUGCUGAAUCGGGUGUGGAUGGGGAGAGAAAUAAAAGACCACGUUUCCAGCCGUUACACAGGACAAUGGCCGCCUCCCAAGACGCCUCGCGGUUUGCUUCUGUGCAUCCCAGGUCCUCCCCUCCCAAGAGACAGCAAAGACUAGAAGUAGGAACCCGCGUGGGAGGGAAGGGAGUUGGGGAACUUUCUCUGCAUGGGAAAACUUCCCUAUCUUGAAGGGCGAGAACCGGGCUCUCUUUUUUUUUUUUUUAGUUUGUGAUCUUCCAUUUAUCUGUACAUACUUUUUCAAGAUGGAUCAUUUUUUUUAUUAAAAAAAAAACACAUAACCAUGGUCUUCCUGAAUUUCUCAGUUCAUCAGUAUGAAGGAAAUGAACCAAGCAGACUUUUAACUAUGCAAUACAUAACAAUACAAGUGAGUAGACCUUGAGCUGACAUUCCACCAUACUUUUUUUUCUUUUGAUUUCCCAGGUUUGUAUGAUGAUAUCUUUAUUGUUUCAAUCUUACUUUUUGCAUAUGCUUCAAAUUAACACAUUUUAAAGCUUCCCCCCCCCCUUACUUUUCAUUCCAUUAGCCAUGUUGAAGUGAUAUGUGUAACAUAAGCUGUACUGUUGAAUUUGGCUUGUACGGGUGUAAACACUCAUGGUGUAUCAGUUUCUGAGACACCCUCCCCCCCCACCUUCUAUUCUCCAAACACGGAUGGUGCAUUUUGUUCUUCAAGUGAAAUCUGUGCAAUA